AUGGAAAACAAAACAUCGUUCAACGUUACUCUCUGUUUUAUGUUAGAGCUAGAUCUAUCAGAAAAAAGUCGAACCAUAUCGUCAAAUCGCUUCUUACUUUUGGCUAUCAGCGUGGUCUCGAGCGUCAUCGACCUCUUCAUUAUCAUCUCUAAUGCGACUCUUUUUGUGGCCCUGAUCAAGUCCAGCAAAGAAAGCGAGAGUAAUGUCAUCAUGACCAGCUCCAAAAUCAGCAAGAGGUCAAGGCUCCUAAUGGCAUCCGUCUCUAUGUGCUAUACAGUCAUCGGCGCCUUCCUCGUCCCGUGCGCCGUCACUCAAAUGAUUCACAACGGUGUGUGGGUGUUGGGGCCGCAGAUGUGCACCGCCAAGAACGUGCUGGAGGCUGUCAUAUCAGCUAGCACUUUUUAUCACGUGAUCUUCAUGGCCCUGGACAUGUACCUGGCCAUAUGCAAGCCUCUCGCUUAUCGUAUGCUUACCUCCAGAUCAAGCCACUUAAUGAUUUGGUCAAGCUGGAUCUUGCCUCUAGCCAUUUUUGUCAUCCCGAUGCUAUUUGGCUGGCACCAGUUGGGAAAGGAGCUCGUGAUCAUGUGUCAGACUGUCUACGGCAUUUGCAGCACUGUCUUCAAUGACUAUGUGCUUCUCUUCAUCGCUUUCUUCUUAUCGAUCCUUCCUUUUGCUGCCCUCAUCACUAUGUAUGCACUGAUCCUGAGAGCCAUUGCUGAAUUCCACGAAAGACUUCCUAGGGACAAGUCUAGAAGAAUAAAAAAGAACAUGCGACUUAAAAGUGGUGCACGACAAUCAUCGCCAAGCUUUGACUCAGAGGUAACUGAGGGCAUCACAGAUGUUUCAGAAGUGGAAGUCAGUUCUGAGGAGAAACCUGAAGCAUCUCUAACGAACGAGAACGUCGUGAAUGAGAAUCGUUCCGCUACUUUAAAAUCUGACAAAAAACUUCACCUGAACCCCGUUUCCGAUUUAAAUGGAGACAGUAAAAUGCCUGAAAGAAUACAGCAGAGGGAAUCCAGUAAAGUGUCCAGCUUUGGCAACUUCAGAAAAAGCUGCAGAAAUGCAAAGGCUUUCCGUUACAUCCUGAGCAUUCUAAGCUGUUGCAGAUGUAUCAUCACGCCCGGAAGUUUAUUGGAGACUGACAAUAAAAAGAUGGACUACCUUGCUCUGGGCCACCUGUGCCCACCUCUGUAA